UGCAACUCCCUCACCCCUUCAAUCUAAAAAUAAUACAAAUUCAACAAAUUUAUUUAUUUAAAAACACACACAAAAAGCUUUAGUUUUUACUUGUUUAAGUUGUUUUUCUACAAAUUCAACCCCAAAAAUCUCACUCAAAAUAUUUGCCAAAUGUGUUCGUACGGACACUUGCAGUAGCAGGCUUUUUUUGCACAGCCGUCUUUACUAUUACCAUUGCUAUUACUAUUGGUUUAAUUAAUUAAUUAAUUAGGUUAAUUAACUGUCUCUGCAAUUACCAAAACAUGCAAACAAAACCCAAGUUGGAUGCGCCUCGAGAAGGAAGAAAACCAAAAACCCAUGUUUCUUUUUUGAAAAAAAAAACACUCAUUCACUCCAUUGAGCCCUGUGAGUUGUGAGAAUUUUGAAUAAAUGGCUGCCCCUUUUUGUAAUUCUAAUUAAUACUACUACCCUUUUGAUUGCGUUUGAUAAAGUUUAAAUCUUUAAACUUCCCCAUUAAUCCCCUUCUGUUUGCAGAGCAUUUAUUCGCUGUACAACUUCUCUUUUUAUCUUUUGUGGUUCUGGGUCGUAAUUUUUAUCCUUGUCAGAGUCCCUAGUUACUGCUUUCCAUCGUUUCAUUUCUACACCUACCAUCAUUUGCUUUGCCGCUUCAUAAGUGCUUUUCUGCCGAGAGCUUUUGAUUGAUGAGCUUUUUUUUUUUUUUUUUUUUUUUUUGUGUGUAAUUACUAAUCGCUGCAACUGCAGUGCUUCUAUCAGAAGCAUUACUGUUACAUCUUUUCUCUCUGUAAUCUCCGCUGUCGUUUUCUUCAUUUGGGGUCUGAGUUUUAGGUGAUUUUGCAACUGGGUUUUGAUUACUAUUUGAAAUGGCAGCUCCUUCUGGUUGCUCUGCUUCUGUGCCGUCACUGCCACCGCCACGCCCAAAGUCGCCGCCGCAGUAUCCUGAUUUGUAUGGGAAGCGCAGAGAAACUGCCAGGGUUCAGAUGCUUGAGAGGGAGAUUGGUUUUCUUGAGGACGAACUGAAAUCUGUUGAACGGCUUCAACCUGCAUCGAGAUGCUGCAAAGAGAUUACUGAUUUUGUGGUUGCAAACCCAGAUCCGUUAAUACCUACGAAUCGAAAGAAACGCCGGUCCUGUCGCUUCUGGAAAUGGCUAUGCGGAAUGCCCUGUUUCAGCUGCUCAUGGAUUUGCUGUUGCUGCUGCGACGGGUGCUCUCUUCACCUAGAAAUGCCACGCUGCUGUGACUGCGGCCCAUGUAACUGUAAUCCGUGUGCCUGCUGUCGGCUACCAAAGUGGCGAUGCUGCUGCACAUGUCCCCGGUCCAACUGCUGCAAAAAUAUUUCAUGCAGCAGGAAUUGUUGCAUUUUUCCAUCGUGUUUAUGUCCCGAUUGCUCUUGCGGCAACUGUUGCAAAUGGAAAUGCUCUUGCCCUAAAUGUCCGAAGGUACGCCCACGUUGCUGUUGUAGAAUAACCUGUUGCAACCCUUGUAGUAUAUGUUAUUAGUAUUUAUACUUUCAGUGUGGAAGCUUUGUUUUGCCUUUUUAGUCUAAAUUAUGCAAAUAUUUGAGAGAUGCAAAAUUUAUGUGAGCUAUGAAGUAAAUUUUAGAGUA